GGCACCGACCACAUAACUCAUUGUAUCGAAAAACAGAGAGUCCUCUCACUUUGACAAUUUCUUUUUCUUUCAAUUUAUAAGCAACAACAACAAAAUAAAACUCAAAUUUUCAAGAGAGAAAGAGAGAGUUAAUGGCGUUAGCGAAUAACUUAACGGCCAUACUGAACUUACUAGCGCUACUCUGUUCCAUACCCAUAACGGCGUCAGGAAUAUGGCUCGCCUCAAAGCCCGACAACGAGUGUGUCAAUCUCCUCCGUUGGCCCGUCGUCGUCCUCGGCGUUCUCAUCCUCGUCGUCUCUGCUUGCGGCUUCAUUGGCGCCUAUCAGUACAAGGAGACUCUGCUGGCUGUCUACUUGUGCUGUAUGGCAAUACUGAUCGGACUUUUGCUGGUGGUUUUGAUAUUCGCUUUCGUCGUGACCCGACCCGACGGGUCGUAUCAAGUUCCGGGUCGAGGUUAUAAAGAGUACAGGCUCGAAGGGUUCUCGAAUUGGCUUAGAGAGAACGUUGUGGGUUCAAAGAACUGGGGGAAGAUAAGGGCUUGUUUGGCUGAUUCAAACGUUUGUCCUAAGCUCAGCCAACAGUUCAUCACCGCUGAUCAGUUCUUCUCUUCCUCUUCCAUCACUGCCCUCCAGUCCGGUUGCUGCAAACCGCCGACCGCGUGUGGCCAGGGGCGUCCCUCGGCACAGCGAGGUGAAGCACAGGCUUUGGGCCCCCAAAUUUUUCUGGGCCCCCAUUUGAAAAAAAAAAUUAUUAUAUAUAUAUUUUUAAGUUUUAUGGUACAAAAAAAGAUUGUCAAUGAAGUUAGAAAGUUAUCCUAACAAAAUAUUAUCAUUUCAAUGGGAUUCAAUAGAAAAAAAAAUAGUUUUGAUUAAAUUUCUUCUCAUUUUCAAAGUUUUUAUGUUUAUGUAUGGACCCCCAAAUUUUUUUUUGCUUGUGGCCCCAGUUAGUAGAGGACCGCCCCUGCGUGUGGCUACAACUUCGUGAACCCGACACUGUGGCAAAACCCAACCAACAUGGCUGCAGAUGCAGACUGUUACCUAUGGAACAACGACCAAAGCCAGCUUUGUUACAAUUGCAACUCAUGCAAAGCUGGUCUUUUGGGAAACCUUAGAAAAGAUUGGCGUAAAGCAAAUCUCAUACUUAUCAUCACUGUCGUUGUUCUUAUUUGGGUCUAUGUUAUUGCGUGUAGUGCGUUUAGGAAUGCUCAGACCGAGGACCUCUUCCGCAAAUACAAACAGGGUUGGGUCUAAAGUGUAUAGAUUUGUUUGUAGUUGUUGACAUGGAAGUAUUUUCGAAAAUAGCUUGUAAUAUUUACUCGUGUUUGGAAAGGGUUUUUUCUUUUGCAUGGAUUUUUAUGUUUAUGUUACAUUGCUUGUGAGUUGUGAAGAAAGAAAUAUUAAAUAGGAUCCCUAAUCUACGUAUUGAUUA